AUGAGAUGUAAGACUUUGAGCUCGAACGCAGACUUGCUGGCUCUCGUGCCGGCAGCCCCCGGGCGCGCUUUGCCCGGCGAGGGCGUCGCCUUUACCGCGGUUCGCGGGUGGCGGGGCGACCCCGCUGUCGCCGUGCAACCCCGCCACGUGUAUAAUACCGUGCAGUCGCGGGGUCUCAGCCCCAGCGAGCACUUGGACGCUGCGUUCGGCGCGGCGCGGUGCGGCGCCCACCCUUUAAACCAGCCGCCGGCGGUGGCGGAAGGUACAGCCUUCGCCAUUGCCGGCCAAAUCCGCUUUGGCACGGCUGUGAACGACAUCCGUCUGAGGAGGUUGGCUCUGCUGAAAGUGUGGAAGCGCGAGCUGCACGACGCGCAGGUUCAGCUCAGCAAAAAAGUUGACCCGGCAGUUGCCCAUUUUGCCCGUAAGCCCUCCCUCCUCCUCCGCCUCCUCCGCCUCCUUGACUCCCCUGCUGCUUCUUUUCUGCAGUGCCUCCACCAGGGGCUCCGCGACACCGGGGUUGCCGAGGAGUCCGGCAUUUUCCCGCAAGUAGCGCCGACUCCGCCCGCCUGGUCGGUUAGCCGGCUUCUGGAGGAGAGCCGCGGCCGCAACGAGGAACUCGUCCAACGAGUCCAGAGGAGCCACCCGCACGCCGGCGAGCUGUGGGCGCAAGGGGCAGAGGCCGAACAGACGGGCUCUCUAGGACCCGCCCGGCCGCUCGAAUUAUUUAGUUCUGGCCCCGGCGGAACGUAG